UGUGCACGGUCAGGUGGUUCAUGUACUCUGGCGGGGAAGGAGAGGUCAGGCGCUCAGGGCUCGCCCGCUAGGUCGGGGCCGCGGCGUCCCCCACCCUAAGUCCCACCUCCGGCCGGGCAUGGGUACCCGGGCGGGCCUGCCUCGGCCUGGGCCCACUCACUGGUCCAGAAGCAGCUGUAGGUGCCCACCAAGCCCAUGACGACGCUGCUGGCCAGGGUCCAGGAGUCUCGCUCUGUCGCCAGACUGGAGUGCAGUGGCACAAUCUCGGCUCACUGCAACCUCUGCCUCCCGGGUUCAAGCUGUUCUCCUGCCUCAGCCUCCUGAGUAGCUGGGACUACAGGCGCAGGUCGCCACGCCCGGCUAAUUUUUUUUUUUUUUUUUUGUAUUUUAGUAGAGAUGGGGUUUCACCAUGUUGCCCAGGUUGGUCUCGAACUCCUGAGCUCAGGCAGUCCACCCACCUCAGCCUCCCAAAGUGCUAGGAUUACAGGCAUGGGCCACCACACCCGGCAGUUUUUUAUUUUUAUUUUUAUUUAUUUUUAUUUUUGAGACAGAGUCUUGCUCUGUUGCCCAGGCUGGAGUGCAGUGACGAGAUCUCAGCUCAUUGCAACCUCUGCCUCCCAGGUUCAAGCGAUUCCUGAGUAACUGGGAUUACAGGCGCAAGCCACCACACCUGGCUAAUUUUUGUAUUUUUGGUAGAGGCUGGGUUUCUUCAUGUUGGUCAGGCUGGUCUCGAACUCCCGGCCUCAGGUGAUCCGCCCGCCUCUCCUCCCAAAGUGUGAGUCAUCCUACCUGGCCUGUUUUUUAUUUUUAAACCAUAAUUUAUUGAUUUUUUUUUUUUGAGAUGGAGUCUCGCACUGUCACCCGGGCUGGAGUGCGAGUGCAGUGGUGUGAUCUUGGCUCACUGCAAGCUCCACCUUCCAGGCUCAAGCAAUUCUCCUGCCUCAGCCUCCUGAGUAGCUGGGAUUACAGGCGCCCACCACCACGCCAGGCUAAUUUUUUGUAUUUUUAGUAGAAACGGGUUUCAUUAUGUUGGCCAGGCUGGUCUUGAACGCCUGACCUCGUAUCCACCCGCCUCAGCCUCCCAAAGUGCUGGGAUUACAAGCAUGAGCCACCACGCCCAGCCCAUAAUUUAUUGAUUUUUUAAAAUUUGUCCAGCCUUCUAUCACCACGUCGAACCCAUUAGCUACAGCCAUCCCAUGAGAAGCUGAGUGGAUUCAGCCCCACCUCCUGCUCACAGACCCUGUCCGAGCACCUCAUUCGUCCCAACAGCGUCACUGCAGGACCCCCAGGACGUUGGACUGCCAGCUCCCUGGGUCUCCUCCUCUCUGGGGCAGAUCCUCAGUCCUCCCUUGACUUCACGACUAUGGCCAGAUCAUGUGUGGACUGUCCCUCUCUUUGGGUCUCCAGAGCGCUUGCAUCAAACACCCCUAACUCAGAAGUGUGCAGCCACACUGGGACUCAGAACCCAACAACAGGGACAGAAGACUCACGCCCUUGGGGUGCCCGGUCUCGUGGCAUCAGGCAUGACUUCCAGCUCCUGCGCCUUCCCCAGCAACUGCUGACUGGGGACCCAGACCGGGAGCUGAGCGACGGGCCUGGCGAGCGAAGCUCGGGGUCUCACUCAGGCACCAGCCCCUCCUUGCCCCAGGCCCUUGGCACAGCCCUAUUCAGGCAGGAGCUGCUCUUCUGGGGUAUCGCGAUCCACUUAAGGAUGAGGCAGACUUGGUGACAAGCUGGUCUGAGCAGCGCUUCCAGAGCCAGAACUGAGCCCAGUGAGAGCGCACCCUGGGGCAGCCUGGAUUCCUGGGGUGUCCCCGGCAGCCACACACAGCCAUGCACUACCCAACUGCACUCCUCUUCCUCAUCCUGGCCAAUGGGGCCCAGGCCUUUCGCAUCUGCGCCUUCAAUGCCCAGCGGCUGACGCUGGCCAAGGUGGCCAGGGAGCAGGUGAUGGACACCUUAGUUCGGAUACUGGCUCGCUGUGACAUCAUGGUGCUGCAGGAGGUGGUGGACUCUUCUGGCAGCGCCAUCCCCCUCCUGCUUCGAGAACUCAAUCGAUUUGAUGGCUCUGGGCCCUACAGCACCCUGAGCAGCCCCCAGCUGGGGCGCAGCACCUACAUGGAGACGUAUGUGUAUUUCUAUCGGUCACACAAAACACAGGUCCUGAGUUCCUACGUGUACAACGAUGAGGAUGACGUCUUUGCCCGGGAGCCAUUUGUGGCCCAGUUCUCUUUGCCCAGCAAUGUCCUUCCCAGCCUGGUGUUGGUCCCGCUGCACACCACUCCUAAGGCCGUAGAGAAGGAGCUGAACGCCCUCUACGAUGUGUUUCUGGAGGUCUCCCAGCACUGGCAGAGCAAGGACGUGAUCCUGCUCGGGGACUUCAAUGCUGACUGUGCUUCACUGACCAAAAAGCGCCUGGACAAGCUGGAGCUGCGGACUGAGCCAGGCUUCCACUGGGUGAUUGCCGACGGGGAGGACACCACAGUGCGGGCCAGCACCCACUGCACCUAUGACCGCAUCGUGCUGCACGGGGAGCGCUGCCGGAGUCUGCUGCACACUGCGGCUGCCUUUGACUUCCCCACGAGCUUCCAGCUCACCGAGGAGGAGGCCCUCAACAUCAGUGACCACUACCCCGUGGAGGUGGAGCUGAAGCUGAGCCAGGCGCACAGCGUCCAGCCUCUCAGCCUCACUGUUCUGUUGCUGCUAUCACUCCUGUCCCCUCAGCUGUGCCCUGCCGCCUGAGCGUCCCCCUACCCCCCCAGGGCCUGCUGCCUUUUGGGACUUAAACCCCAGCCUCCCCCGUCCAUCCAGCCCUGGGGCUGGGGGGCUUCAACUACAGUUGCCCUGUGACUGUAGUCCACCCCUGCCUGCCUUGUUUGAUUUGGCUCUUGUUCUUUGGUUGGGCUUGUGCCUAGAUUAGGAGAGGAAGCCAGGGGCCCUGCACUCAUGCCACCUGCCAGGUAGUGUAGUAUCAGGAGUGGAGACAAAGUGGGCUCUGGGUUGGGGUAGGGGAAGGGAGGGCUCAGAAAGAGGAAUCAAGAUGUUGUAUGACAAGAAGGAAAGUUACUGAGAACAAAAACCCAGAUUGGUGAGAUAGGACACUUGUGCAGCAGAUACGCCAAUGGGCCGUGUUUAUUGUGGAUUGGUAAGAAUCACCAGGAAACCAUUAAGCCCCAAUAGCUACAAGGAGGGUGGUUAAUCUGCUAUAUCAAACUCCUUCCCUGAAACCAGCAAACACCGGGAAACAUUUCGGUUCAUUGUAAUCCGGUGAACAAUGCAGUCAGGCCUGUUAUAACCGCUGAGCAGCCACACUCGCACCUCCUGGGUGCUGUAGUCUGUGUUGGCACAGGCUUCUGCAUGCCUGGUAAAGUCCAGCCAAGGCUGGUCAAGGCAACAUCUCCACACAGAAAAUCUGCACCAGUUAUGUAAGCUAAAAAGCUGUGUGAACCCAGGUGCCCCGGAAAGGGGCUGCAGGACACAGCAAAAUGCCAGCAGCGUGCCGGACCCCUCCCUUCCAUCCUCCUCUCCAAAGAACAGAGGUCAGGAAAAACACUGGCUGGGACGCUAGAAGGGUCAUGUGUUAACUAUAAUCACAUUUAUGGUUUGGAACCUCACCCCAAGGUAAAAAAAAAAUAAAAGGUAUUCCCAGGUAUGUUUGGCAAAAUAAAGGUAAUUAAAAACCUAAGAAA